AUGAAGCCCGUUACAUUUCUCGUGGCUCUAACUACCGUCGCAGUCGUUCUCUCCGCCGUCAGUGCUAAUCCCUAUGGUGGGUGGCAGCCGAUAAAGAACAUACACAGCCAUCGCGUCCAGGAGAUUGCCAGGUUUGCGGUAGGAAUGCACAACAUGGAAAACAAUUUCAAGCACCCGUUGAGACUCACAAGCAUUCGGAGGGGCCUAUUCCAGGUUGUGGAUGGAGUGAACUACAGGCUUGACGUGACUGUGGCUGGAGGCAAUGGAGGGAGUAUGUACCGAACGGAAGUUCACGAGAGGCUUGGCGCAUUGGAGCUCAUGUUUUUCACACCUAUAUAUAAGGAAUUAAAUUAA